AUGCAAUCAACAGAAACCUUAUUCCUGACCUCGUUUGUUGUUGCAACCAAGGUUUUGGCUUCUAAUUCCUCGUACAUUGUAAGAACCGAAAACUCUUUGGGUGGUGUGAAUUUACCCUCAACUCUUGAUGCCUGUGAUGGAGUUGAAGAGAUCAGAGCAGCGGUCAGAAGAAGAAUUGGAGCUGGAGCAGACAUCAUCAAGUUUUAUGCCGAUUACCGUAAUCGGAUAAUGAGAUUUCCACCAGUACAGCAACAUCCUUAUGUUGGAUCUGUUGCACAUCCUCCACAAAACCCUAACCCUGAAGUGGUACUCUAUACUCAGGAAGAGAUGAAUGCUCUUUGUGAGGAAGCUAGACGGAUGAACUGUCCUGUGGCAGCUCAUUGUGGAUCAAUCGAAGGUGCAAUCAUGGCAUCUAAUGCUGGUGCUUUGACAAUUGAACAUGCUUAUUGGGCUGACGAAGAAUGUCUUUCAACACUAAAAAAGAAUGGAACCAUGUUGGUUCCUACUUUGGCAGUUUGUGAGCAGUUUUUCGGUUCAAAGCUUGAUGUAAUUCUUCGCAAGACAAAACGUGCUUUUGAUCUCGGUAUUCAAUUGGCUACUGGUGGUGAUACUGGAACAUAUCCUCAUGGCGAAAGUGUACGAGAAUUGGAAUUGAUGGUUCAAGCUGGGAUCCCAGUUCCUGACGUCUUGGUUGCAGCAACCUUAAAUGGUUGGAAAGCUUGUGGUGGUGAUUUAUCAGGGUACAAGUUUGGCUGGAUUGGAAAAAAUGUGGUUGCUGAUUUGAUUGCUGUUGACCAAAAUCCAAUUGAAAAGUUUGAGGCAAUGAGGAAUAUUGACUUCGUCAUGAAAAACGGUCAAGUUUAUAAACAAGACGGUGUUCCAAACAAUGAAAUCUUUUUUUACAUAAAGUUAGAUUAA